AUGAAUACAGGCGACACUAUUAGCCACUAUAUGCUUGGCCCGCAGCUUGGUCAAGGUGGCUUUGGCAAGAUAUUUGCUGCACGUGAUGUGCGUGAUGGAAAAGUUUAUGCAUUGAAAGCCGAAUCUGAAUUAUCAAAUAGAAAAUCGCUGGAAUUUGAAACUAAAGUUCUCGAAAGAAUAAAAACUAUUAGAUACUUCCCACAGAUACGCGAGCAUGGUGUUUAUCAUAACUAUCACUGGUUAACUUUAGAAUUAAUUGGUCCAUCUUUAUCGGCUAUCCUUAAAGAACGAACUGAUCACAAAUUUUCUCUUUCUACAGCAUUGAGAGCAUCAAUACAUGUUCUUAGAUCAAUAAAAAGUCUUCAUGCCUUAGGAUUUAUUCAUAGAGACAUAAAACCAGCAAAUAUCCUUGUUAGAGUUUCCCACGGAUUACCCCUUUGCCUAAUUGACUUUGGACUCGUUCGUGUUUACAGAGAUCAAAAAACUCACGCUCAUAUUCCACCAAGACAACAUACAGGAUUCAGAGGAACCAAGACAUAUGCAUCUGUUAAUGCGCACGUUCUCUCUGACCUUUCAAGGCGCGAUGAUCUUAUUUCAUGGGUGUAUUUUACGAUUUGCCUCAUGGUUGGCGGAUUACCAUGGCAAGGAGUUAAUGACAACUCUGAAGUCAUGAGAAUGAAGCACGAAUUCAACGUCAAAGAGGCUGUCAAAAAUGUUUGUCCUGAAUUUGUCGAAGUUUGGCCACUUGUCGUUGGUUUGAGGUUCGAAGAUGACCCUAACUACGAUGCACUCGAAGAAAUACUCAUCAAGGCAUGCGAAACUCGUGGUUACAAAGGUACUGAUCCUUAUGAUUGGGAUGAAUACGUUCAAAGAUACAAAGAUACACUCGCUCGUAAUUUUGGAAUGAAGUUUAAUGACGAAGGACUUGAUCCCCGUACUUACAUGACAGAACUUGGCCUUCCUCCUCCUGCUUUGCUCGGAAUUGCCGGAAUUAAACAGCCACUGCUUGCUGGGAAGAAGGAAUAUAGAGAACAAAGUUCAAUGCAGCUUAGUGAACUUAAUGAAAAAGAUGAAAUCGGUUGCUGCUGCUGUUAA